AUGAGCAAGUACUUUGUGAACGUUCUGUGGCUACUUCCGGUGCUGGCUGUCGCGUUGCCGGCCAACGACAAGCCUGGAAACGAGAAUGACCUGAUGGCGACGAUCUACACCGAUUGCCUGAAGAAGGAAUCGAUCAACUGCAUCAAGUACAAAGUAUUCUCAUACGUGGACAAAAUGCUCGCGGACAAAGAGGAUAUCACGCUCACGGACGGCAUCACCGUGGUCAGGACUUUGAACACCGAAGAAGGCGCACCUAGAUCCAUCGAGUCCAGCGAUUUGGAUACGCUGUUGUUCGAUCGUCUAGGAAGGUUCCUCAGGACCCACACGGUCAAGGUUGACCUCAAGGGUACCGACAUCCUUGGCGCCAUUGAAUCAGCUGGUCGAAGCUUCGAAGACUUCACUGACAAUGCUGUCGAGAGUCGUGGCAAGAAAAAGAAGGCCCAGAAAAUUCUCGGCCCGUUGAUGAUGGCCCUCGCCCUGAAGGCCGCAGCCCUGUUGCCACUAGCCUUGGGUGCGAUCGCGGCGAUCGCUGGUAAGGCUCUGCUCGUCGGUAAAAUAGCCCUGGUGAUAUCGGCCAUCAUCGGACUGAAGAAGCUCCUCAGCUCGAGCGGAAAGCACGUGACGUACGAGGUGGUGUCGCAUCCUCAUCAUAGCAGCAGCCACGUCGUCAGCCAUGACGAAGGCCAUGGUGGUUACGGUGGUGGUGGCGGUGGCGCCGACUAUGGUGGCGGCUAUUCUGGCAGCAGUGGCCACGGCUGGGCAAGGAGUUUACCACAGGAUUCCCACGAAAUGGCCUACCGCGCUCAUCAACCACAACCACAAGCAUGA